AUUAAUGCCCAUGAUUUUGGAUGAGCAGUUGUCCACAUACUUUUGGUCAUGUAGUGUAUAACUAGGAAAAAGCAGCGACUUCCAUUCAGUGAUUGCACAUAAAUGAAAGUGUUUAGGAUCAUUGUUUAUUUUACAUUGCUUUUAGUCAUGCAAGAAUAUCUUGAGAUAUUCAAAGCUUUGACUGACCAACAGCCUUCAUUGCGGUUUAACUGAAAUUGAAUUAAGAUAAUAAUUAAGAUAUGAAUUGGAUCAGAUGAUUAUAGCUACAGUUCAGUGAAAGAACACCUCCUGGAGAAAAAUCCUCCAGAUCCGAUAUUGUUCUGAUAUUGACAGUUCUGAGAGGUAGACAUGAAUCACACACACGUCCAGCUGCUAAAGAUACCUUAGCACCCCCCACAGCCCUCCGCUCCACCGGCCCUGUCACCUUCCCCUCUUCAGCUGGCAUUUAGCCCACCCUGACACCCAAUCCCCAGACCUUGGGUAGGAGGGUUGCCCUGUUCAUAACCAAAGAGGGGGGGGGGGGGUUUCAAAGCAUUCAAAGCCAGUAACCAAUAUCCUCCAGCAAGACUAUCUCCACAUCAGCCGGUCAGCCGGCUUUCCAGGCUUUCUCGGAAUCACCAAAGGGGUAUCAAGAGGCCUAAAGCUGUGGCAGCGUGAGGAGAGGGGGGAAAUGGAAGUGUUUCUGUAUGGGAUGAUGUCAGGAUGCGCUGUUGGAGAGGUGUUAAAAGGGAUCCCUAAGACCGAUUAAGUUUCUUCAGUGUUGUUGACUUGAGUGAUUAGUAAGGAGGCUUGCAGAUGAUGGUUGUAGAGUUGUUUACGGGUUAUUGCACCUGGUUUGGCUGGAGUGAUGCAAUGCCCUGUGUUCAAACUCAGUAUGGAACUGUGCCCUACGACAACAACUACUUUAGCUCUGAGUUCCUGAACCCCGACCUCAGUGCUAAGCCAGCCAUGGACAUCGGUGCCCAGCGGGACCAGCUCACCGCCUCCUCCCUCCCCAGCAUCAACACCCUGGUGGGCAGCGGCUACGUGGGCGAGUUUGACGCCUACUCCUGCCAGAUCACCACCUCUGCCUCCAAUGCCCCCUCCGGCCCCACGGCCGGCAGCAGCUCCAGCCCUCAGGCUCAGCACUCAGCCUUCAAACUGGACGACCUCCAGGUGUAUGGCUGCUACCCGGGCUCUUUCGCCCUCAGUUACCUUGAUGAGACGCUGUCCUCCUGUGGCUCCGAUUACUAUGGCAGCCCUGCGUCGGCCACUGCCUCCCCACCCACCCCGGGCUUCCAGAGCCAGCCUGGCCCAGCCUGGGACUCCCCCUUCAGCCCCUACUCCCCAGGCCCUGGGUGCUGGGUGGCUGAUAAGUCAGGCCUAGCUCAGCAGCCCUCCUUCUUCACCUUCACCCCCCCGUCGGAGCAGCAUUCCCCCCUGGGGCAGCACCAGGGCCCCCAGCAGGGUGAGGAGGACCCUUUCUUCCAGCCCUCCCAGCAGAACGCCUCCCCUCUCCAUUACGCCCCCUUAUCUCUGGACCAGGUGUCCCUAGACAGCCCCAGGCUCAUGGAGGGGCCUAUGUCGUCCCCUAAGAUCGGCAGCCCCGGGGCCAAUGAGGGUCGCUGUGCGGUGUGUGGGGACAACGCCUCCUGUCAGCACUACGGGGUCCGCACCUGUGAGGGCUGCAAGGGCUUCUUUAAGCGAACUGUGCAGAAGAAUGCUAAAUACGUGUGCCUAGCCAACAAGGACUGUCCAGUAGACAAGCGGCGGAGGAACCGGUGCCAAUUCUGCCGUUUCCAGAAGUGCCUGGUGGUGGGAAUGGUGAAAGAAGUCGUCCGCACAGACAGCCUGAAAGGUCGCAGGGGUCGUCUGCCCUCUAAACCCAAGACUGUGCCAGAGUCAGCGUCCACCACUCCACCCAUCAACAUCAUCACCUCUCUUGUCAGGGCUCACAUAGACUCCAACCCUGCCAUCGGAAAACUGGACUACUCCAAGUACCAUGAGACAGUGGCCAGCCUAUCAGAGAAAGAGGAUGCCAACGACAUCCAGCAGUUCUACGACCUGCUGACAGGCACCAUGGAUGUGCUCCGGAAAUGGGCCGAGACCAUCCCAGGAUUCACCGCCUUCUGCCCAGAAGACCAGGAGCUGCUCCUGGAAUCUGCUUUCGUGGAACUCUUCAUCCUCCGGCUAGCAUACAGGUCGAGUCCUGAGAAGAACAAGCUGAUCUUCUGCAACGGCGUGGUACUUCACCGUAUGCAGUGUGUGCGGGGCUUUGGCGACUGGAUCGACUCCAUCAUGGACUUCUCCCACAGCCUCCACCGCAUGAACCUGGACGUGUCCUCAUUCGCCUGCCUCGCAGCACUCGUCAUCAUCACAGAUCGCCAUGGCCUUAAAGAGCCCAAACGGGUGGAGGAGUUCCAGAACCGCCUCAUAACCUGUCUGAGGGAUCACGUGACCGGCAGUGGCUCCGACGCGGGGCGGCCCCAGCCAAACUUCCUGUCCCGACUGCUGGGGAAGCUUCCCGAGCUGCGCACCCUCUGCACCCAGGGCCUGCAGCGCAUCUUCUACCUGAAGCUGGAGGACCUGGUCCCCCCACCGCCCAUCGUAGACAAAAUCUUCAUGGAUACCUUACCUUUCUGAAAAGACAGAUAAAAAGAGGAAGAGGAAUGAUUAAGUGAUGAUGCUGAGUAGACAAAAAUAUAAUAAACUGAGGAGGUGAAUAGGGGGCCGUUGUCUUUGUCCAUUACAUUUGGGACUUCUGAGUGUUGAAUGUGGAUAGAAGGCACUCCCCCCCCCCCUCCACUGAAGUGGCAUCACCCCUUUCCAGUGCACGGACUUGAUGAAAAGUGUCUGAUUCUGCCACCGGUCCAGUGUCUAAAAGUGAGGAAUUUUUCUCACAUUUAGUUUAAUAACAAAAACCUGUGGGUGACAGAAUUGGAUGUCUAUUUUCCAAUCUGUGGAAUUAUCCUGGACAAUUCAUUCAACAAGAGAAAGGAAGACAUGAGAUAACAUUUCUAGUUUUUGGUCUCUUUUGUGUGACUUUGUGGAGUGGCUUUAUCGCUAUGCAAAAUGUGUACGUUUGUGUUUUUGCACGCUGCGAGAUAUUGGGAGACAGUUGGUGUGUAUGUACAGCUCUGAGGGGAAAAAGCAGGCAUGUUCACACCUGAACACCCACUUAAACCCAAGUUCUCAAAAAUCCUAUUGAGUGUCCAAAUCCCAACACAACUUAAUUUAGUAGCUGUUCAAAGUUGACGCGUGGAGAGGCCAACAGUGUCAAACACUGUAGUCUCCAGUCCACUAGCCUUUCUCAAAGACAACUGUUGCAUCCUACAUUUCAAAAGUGAGUAUUUUCACUGAAACCGUUAUAAAAUAAUAAUAAUAAUAAUAAUAAUAAAAGCCAUUUGUAGUCCUGAUACCACACAUUUACACCUAUAGAAGGUCUUGGACCAAAGGGAAGCUGUAUAUCUGUCUGCCUGCAGUGACAGCUGGCUAUUGUUGUGACAUUUACAGCUCAUCAACCAUAAAGCCUUAAUAUACCUUAAAGGCCCAUUGCAGUCAGAAACGUGAUUUUCCUGUGUUUAUAUAUAUAUUUUCACACUAUGAGGUUGGAAUAAUACUGUGAAAUUGUUAAAAUG